AUGACUACUACUGUUCCAAUGCCAACUAACUUUCGUGACUUCUAUUCUAUUCUUAAUGAUAACAAGAAACUUCGUAUGUUUGUGCGUGAACAAAAACUUAUAUUAGAAAGUGAAGAUCAUCAAUGUCCGAAAUGUGGAUCGGAAAUGAGAGACGGCAAACGUCAAAAGACUUUAAAGGAUGAUACAGUGUCAACAUAUGAAAUAAUGCGAUGUAAAAAUAAACAAUGUGCAAAUCAGUUAAGUAAAAGAAAAAAUAUCUUUUUUGCUUUUACCGAUUCCUUGGGCAGAGCCAACUCAAAACUUAGUGUUGCGUCUAUUUUAGAAAUUAUAUGGUUAUGGUGUUUUAAUAUAACAUCGAAGACAAUAUCAUGGACCGUCGGAUGUUCAGAAGCAACUACCGUUGACUGGUGCAAUUUUUUAAGAGAAGUUUGCACAGAAAAUAUUCCAUGGAUGUUUGGAAUUGCUCAACCAACAGAAAAUGGAUAUGAAGUUCGGUUUUUCCAUGUACAACGUCGUGAUCGCGCAACAUUAGUUCCGAUUAUACUCAAGCAUGUUGUACCUGGAACAACCGUAUGGUCCGAUGAAUGGGGGGCAUAUAAAAACUUACAAACACAGUAUGGGUGUGAUCAUCAAACAGUCAACCACAGUCAAAAUUUUGUUGAUCCGCACACUGGCUGUCACACACAAUUAAUCGAAUGUUUGUGGGGUCAAGCGAAAACAAAAAUUUUGAGAGCCAUGCGCGGGUCAACAUUACUCGACAGUCAUUUAAACGAAUUCUGGUAUCGAUCAGUGCACAAGGACAUGUUUUCGUCGAUAUUAACAGACAUUCGUCGUUUUCGCAUCACAACACCAAUGGCUGAAUCAUUAAAAACAGCGUCAGAGUUCGCUUUGUUUCAGUGUCCAAUUACACAUCAGCUUUUCAAAGAUCCUGUUUUGGCUGAAGAUGGACACACAUAUGAAAGGGAAGCGAUAGUCCAAUGGAUACAAAAAAACGGAACUAGUCCAAUUACACGACAACUACUCAGUAUUGAUCAACUACAUCCUAAUUGUACAAUUAAGAAUAUAGUCAAUGAAUUGCGAUCGAAAAAAUUUUAUUUUAAAUUAGGUGUACAUGUCAAAAAAAAAUCCUGUCGAGCACUAUUUCAAGCACAUGGAAAAACAGUAUGGGAAGCAGAUUGGAUUGGAGAACGUGGACAACCAAUUUGUUUAAUGAAAAUUAAUGGUGUUAAAGCAUUGAAAGAAGCAUCAUUUUACGAACAGAUGACUCGACAUCCAUAUAUUGUAAAAACAUAUGGGAUCGUUGAUGAAGCUUCGGAAGUAACGUCAUAUUCAAUUAUGUUAUUGCAAGAAUAUGCAUCUGAGGGCAAUUUAUUCGAAUUAUUACAAGAACAACCGUCUGUGCCUAAGGAACAUAUCUUAUGUGAAAUGUUUGUUCAAAUAUCAGAUGCAAUGGUAUUUUUGGCACAUAAUCAGAUUGUGCAUGGUGACUUAGCAUAUUUUGGUCUUAGUCGAGGAAGUUCAAUGUAUGCUCCAGUGGGUGCAGCAUCAACAACAACAAUGACCAUAGUUCCAAUACGUUAUGCUGCUCCUGAAGUUCUCAGCAAUAGUAACAAUAGGAAUUCAUAUACAGCAAAAUCUGAUAUGUUCUCAAUGGGUGUAUUAAUGUGGGAAGGCUAUUCAAAAGGUGAAAUGCCAUGGUCAAAUAUUGAAAAAGACGACGAAGUUUCUCGAAAAGUUAUGAAUGGUGAACGUUUAGAACAGCCAUCGAAAUGUAAUGAUAGAGUGUGGUCGAUGGUAUUAAAAUGUAUGUCACAACAAGCAAAUGAUCGACCAUUAUUUGAAGAAUUGAAACGCCAUAUAUUAGGAUUUAUGUUAGGUUCUGCUUACACACCAGCACCAACACCCCUACGCGGCACCGACAACGACAUUCCAGACAAUGCCAAAUGGACACAGAACGGCGUCACUGUGGCUGGGGGAAGUGGGCAAGGCAAUAUGCUGAAUCAACUCUCUUACCCAUCCGGUUUGUAUGUUGAUGAUGCUGAAACGGUCUACGUCACUGAAUGGAAUAACGAUCGUAUUGUGGAAUGGAAGUCUGGUGCGACGAGUGGCCAGGUGAUAGCCGGCGGAAAUGGAAAAGGAAACCGGAUGGACCAGUUGAAUUUUCCAACAGAUGUGAUUGUCGACAAAGAGAGAGAUACACUCAUCAUCUGCGAUCGUGGGAACAAACGAGUAGUGCGAUGGCCUCGUCGAAAUGGCACAAGUGGACAAACUAUCAUCUCGGAUGUCGAUUGCAACGGCUUGACGAUGGACGACCGCGGAUUUCUCUACGUCUCUGACACUGGAAAAAAUGAUGUCAAACGAUGGCGAGUUGGAGACACUUGUGGGACAACGGUGGCGGGAGGCAAUGGAAAAGGUGAUCGUCUCGAUCAGCUCAAUGAUCCUUACUACGUAUUCGUCGAUCGGGAGCAUUCAGUAUACGUGUCUGACAACAAAAAUCAUCGUGUGAUGAAGUGGGUGGAGGGUGCGAAAGAAGCCAUUGUCGUGGCGGGUGAUCGAGGCCAAGGGAAAGGUCUUGCACAAUUGUCACACCCUCUUGCACUCGUCGUCGAUCAGUUCGGCAGUAUCUAUGUGGCGGACACGGGGAAUGCUAGAAUAAUACGUUGGCACAAAGGAGCCACACAGGGAAGUGUCAUUGUGGGUGGAAACGGCGAAGGAAAGCAAGCGAACCAGUUGAAUCGACCAAACGGUUUGUCAUUCGAUCGACACGGUAAUCUCUACGUCGUCGAGGAGAACAAUCAUCGAGUGCAAAAGUUCAACAUUGAUGCGAGUUCGUCUUCGUAG